GAAGCAGUCCGCAGCGCCAUGGAGCUGUCUCCCAGCCGCUUCCCGGCCGGCCGGGCCGCGGCGCUGGCCGCCGCCUACCUCUGCUACCGGCGGGGGAGCCCCAGCCGCGGCCUGGCGCUGCGCGGGGUGCGCCGAGCGCGCAGGGAGGACAUAGCUGAUGUUGGGCACAAGUACCACCUGGAACUGGUGUUAGAAGAUGUCCUUGCCAAAGACACGACUGUUAACUGCACUGCUGAGGUUCUCUACCACCUGGGCCACCAAGCCAGCGCUCCAGAGGUGCAGGUCACACUGGAAGGAGAGCUCAGGGACACGGCUGAAGCAGACAAUGUGUUCUACAACCGAAUCAAGAGCCUGGACCGAGAGCUGGUGGCAGAAAACAUCCCAGACAGCCAGGGCACUGUGCCCCCAGACCUGGAGCCUCUGCACCUGCUGGCCUGGGCUGCCUCUGGCUACCUCACCUGGCAGAACUCCACUGAAAGCACCAACUUCCAGCUCGCCCAAGUCAAACGUGUCCAGCAAGUGUGCCUGAGCUCCACCUGCUUGGUUCACAGCAGCUGCCACUUGGAACUGAGCUGCAUCAGAGCUUUUCUCUUCAGUCAGCAGAACUGAUGCAGCUCUUUUAGAGGGGAAUGGGGAGGGGAAGCCUCAAAUUCACAGGCUCACAGAUGUCAGGGGUUGGAAGGGACCCGUCCAACCCCUGCCAGAGCAGGACCACACAGUCUAGCUCAGGGCACAUAGGAACACAUCCAGACAGGCCUGGAAAGGCUCCAGAGAAGGAGACUCCACAGCCUCUCUGGGCAGCCUGUGCCAGGCUCUGGGACCCUUCCAGUGAAGACGUUGCCCCUUGUGCUGAGCUGGCACCUCCUGUGCUGCAGCUUCCACCCAUAAUUCACCCAUUUCCAUCUUGUCUCUCCAGAGGAGAAGUGAUGAGUAUCUGGAAUUUGACUACUUGGUUCUGCUCCACGAGAUGGUGUCCCAGGUAAAGCCUUGGUUCCC